UAUAGCUUUUUAGGAAUGUCAAAUUCUACACUGUUUCGAAUUGAUUUACAAAAUGUUCGGUUAAGUUUAAAUUCAACUGUAUUUACACUGAACUAAUUCCUUUUAAUAUAAAAAAAUAGAAUUAUAUCAUUACUAAGUUUUAUAACUGAUACGUCUGCUAAUAAUUCCAAUACCAUAUGCAUACAGUGAAUCUGUCUGACUGAAAGCAGUCAAUUCUCAAGUGUGUUGUGAAGUGAAAAUGAAAGUAAAAUCAUGAGGUAUACGAAGGAACUUCUCCUAUGGAUUGUUUCCCUUUACCUGGUGGCAGGUGAAUUUCAGUUCUCCAUCCCACACCCUGAGGUCACAGCACCCCAACAUUCAGAUGUGCUUCUGCCCUGCAUUUUUGCGAAUAGUCGAAUUGAACUCAAAAAAGUACUGAUUGGUUGGAGACAUGACAAUACUGAGCUGAUUAAGAUUGAUGCUGGACAGAUGAACCCCACAUCCAGAAGGGUAGAGCUGUUUGUAAAUGAGAUAGAGAGGGGCAAUGCCAGUCUGCUGCUAAAGGAUGUGAGUAUUAGCGAUGAAGGGCAGUAUGAGUGCGGUGUUGUCGAAGCUCAGAAUGAAGAAAAUGGCAUCAUCAAGUUUAAAGUAACAGUUGCCCCUCAAGUUUUUCUGAACGCUUCACUUUUUGUGAUGGAUCAGCCUGGCAUGCUGGAGUGCUAUGCUGAGGGCUUCUAUCCAAGAGACAUCUCUAUUAGGUGGUUCAGAGGUGCAACGAGUCUCCCCUCUCAAGAAGCUCCUCAAGUGCAGAGCAAUCCUGACGGCACGUUCAGUGCGCUGAGCAUUUAUAUGUACACUCCUUCUGGUGGGACAGCAAAUGAGCCCGUCUCCUGUCGGGUAGACCACAAUUCUCGAAAUGUGUCCUGGGUGAAGACGACUCGCCUCCAGUUUCGCAAGCGCCCUUCAGUGACAGUGACAUCCCAAGUGCUGGGGCAGAACAAGGAGCAACUGUUGACCUGCCGCCUGGAUGGACACUACCCGGAUGACAUUGUGGUAUCCUGGAUGAAAAAUGGAAAGGCUUUAAAUAAGUCAGAGCUGAAGGGUGACGGCACGUAUGUAACCACAGAGUCGAUUUUGCUGACCUUCUUCAAUAAGAAAGAUAAUUUCGCCUGCUUGGUGGAACAGGAAGGAUUUAAAGACCCCCUGACCAAAAUCAUUCCCGUCGAGAUGGAAGGAGGCAACUCCCAGAGCACCAUUACAGCUUUGUCCGUUGUUGUAGGAGUCCUGCUGAUUUUGGUCCUGGCUUUGCUGUGUGUUGUCCUCCUACUUUUAAAGAGAAAUCACCAGUUGCAGACACAAGAAAGAAAAAACAAACAAGAGGGCACCGGUCUUCUGACUAAAAGUGAUGGUGGGAAUGCCUCUGGUACAUCACCAACUAAUCAGAGUGACGGCAUAAGAUCGGAGUGAACCUCGAAGAAGAAGCAGAGCAACGGGUGCAUUGGGAUGGUCUAGUUUUCUGAGUUGGUGUGAAUAUGUCUGCCAAAGACACACAGUAAGAACAUUACGGGAGCUGAACAGAAAUCUCAUGAAUAGAAAGGAAGAUCAGACUGCUGGCUGCAGUGACAGGGUGCGGCUGGUGCUGCUAAAGCUUUGUGUGCCUAUUUACCAGGUCACUUUAUCUGUUAUUAAUGCCUUAGAAUGACUGAUUUGAAGAAACAAUGAUGCUUUUUGAUUUUCAAUGUGUUAAGAUUGUAAUUUCUGAUUUCUAAAAGUGUGUAUUAAUAUUGUCAAGAGAAUCAAAUUAAUGAGACUAAAUUGCAAAAUGCUGUUGACCAGAAGUAGCGCUGAGACACUGAACUGUAGCAGGUCUCGCUCAAACUCAGAUAUUCUUCAAGUAUUUAAAAGCAUUUCUUUUUAGGAGGCUUCAUAUAAAAAGGUCAGGCCUACUUCUUCUUUUCUUCUGUCUUUGUAUUUUUCUUUUGCAGUUGUACACAUGUAGUCUGUUAAGUUCCUACCUCCUUACAGUAUACUGAGCUUUACAUUUAGACAACUGGAAACUCCAUUUAAUGCCAGCCUGAGCCCAGGUAUACCAGUUAGUGUAGGGGGUAGAGGACCAGGGAAUGGGGGGAUUAGUAGGUGGCUUACACACUUGAUAAUGUAACACACUGAAAUAGCACUUAGUGAUUUAUAUAUGUUUGUGUUCGUUAUUUAUUAGGAUGCUGGAUUGGUGGCUUCAAAUCAAUAUUCUGGGUGUAUUAUUUAAAUUAUUUAAUAAAUGUUUUAUUAGUGCCUUAAUUAAAACGUUGUAA